UCUCGAAAAAAUUGGUCUCUGUGAACUGCAAAACGAACAUGAUGACUUGAUAAAUUAUUUUGGUUGGCCCGUGCAGACACCUGUUAAUUAUGAAGCUAAUGAACCAAUGGAAGACCUAAAUCUGUUUAUGAAUUUGAGGGAGCUAACCAUUGAUUUAGACUUGAACGAUAGAAGGGAAAUGUUGAUCCUCUGUAUCGUUCUACAACGCUGCCUUAGUCUACACCAACUUGAAAUCAACAUAGAGGAAAGUAGAAGUGAAAUAGAGGAAGCAACCAGGGAUUACAGUAGUGUAAACAACCGAUUGCCAUAUCCAGAGACAAAGCUAUGGGAGAAAAGGGGGCUGUGCGACUGUAUUACAUUCACACUAAAACAAGUAUCCAUUAAGGGAUUCAAAGGGAAAGAUGGGGAAAUGGAAUUCCCAAGGCAUCUGAUUACGAAAGGUGCCAAGUUGAAGAGAAUAGAGAUUUGGUGUAACCAUGACUGCUCUAGAGAAGGGGGUGAGGCAACUCUUGGUUUACUUUCACUGCCUAGAUCCUCCAUUGAUGUCUCCAUUCUUCUUAAACCGCCACCCCAAUUUGAUGGUAGUUUUGGAAGAUGGGUCUCAACCCUAAACUAGUCUUAUUGUCAAGGAUUUUUGGAUUCGUUAAGGAUUUUGAACAGGAUGGGGAAUUUAUCAUUGGUUUUUCAAAGAUGAUUUUGGGUGUGACUUUAUGUUUCUAUAUUGUUGGAAUGACAUACUCCAGUUUGAA